AUGUUUUCAAUCAAAGCAUCCCUACUCUUGCUCCUUCACUUGGGUCUAUUUUCACAAGCACAACUCACUGGUCCAGUUGGCGUAACCACACCUCUUUCCAAAAAGACUACUGAGUGCAACAUUCGCACUCUAUAUCCAACCUUCAAUCCUCUCACCGACGAUGUCUCUAUCCCAAUUACUAACGCCUUUACCUCUUGUGUUCAAAAACAUGCUGGUAGUCGUUUAAUUGUACCUGCUGGAAACUACACGCUCAAAACUAGCAUCAUCUUGAGUAAUGCAACCAAUUGGGCUUUCCAACUCGACGGUCUUAUUACCGCGACUUAUUAUCCAAAUUCAACGGAUUCGACUUAUGUUGUACCAUAUGUUGUACCUCGUGCAAGGAUUCUAGAGGGAUUUGCAGGUGUAGAGAAGUUAAAUAGGUAUGUAUUGCCGAGGCAAAUUCUGGAUGAUGGGAUUACGGACGUUGAGGUAUCGAAUAGUACUAUUAAUGGGGAGGGUGACGGAGAGUUCUUGGAGAACUUAAUCGUCAUUAUUAAUGCCGUUGAUUUCGAACUCUACUCCUCUAAUGGUCUUGGAGCAAUUCAAGGUCAAGGUUAUUUGUACCGUAUUUCUGGAAACACCAAUCGACCUCGAAUGCUCCGUCUUAUUUCUCCAAUCAAUGCUACAAUUCAUGAUCUACUUUUAAUCGAUAGUCCCAAAUUCCACUUCAUUUUUGAUUUUGGCGAGAAUAUUGAAGUAUAUCACCUGACUAUCCGUGGAGCUAAUUUGGGCUCUUAUGAUGGAAUUGAUGCUAUUGGGACGAAUUAUUGGGUUCAUGAUAAUGAGCACGCACGCAACAUAUCAGUCCUUGGCGGUAACGAAAUCGUCUUCAUCAAAACUUACCCCGGCGGUUCCGGCUACGUCUCCAACAUUCUCUGGGAAAACUUCCGUUCUAAAGCAUCUCUCUACGGAAUAAAUCUCAACCAAUACUGGCAACAAACCUACCUCCCCGAUAGCGGCGCCGUCACCCUAACCAACAUCACCUUUCGCAACUUUACAGGCUCCAUCCAAAACGGCGCUCAACGCCCCGCGCUCUACCUUCUCGCCUCCGACUACAUCCCUGCCACAAACAUCACCAUCAAAGACGUCACCGUCUGGACCGAAAGCGGAAGCACAAGUGUAAACCACAUUUCUAACAUUUUCGGCCAGGGCGAUAAUGUCUAUGGGACUAAUGAUGGCCUUGUCAGUUUGGGCGCGGGAGAAAAUCCAAAAACCAAAACGUAUACGAGUACAUAUACGAUUACUAGUGCGCCGACAGGAUGGGCAACGCCCACGUGGCCAAGUUGGGCGGUGCCGACGACGGGGUAUGGUACGGCGGUACCGAUUCCGGUGUAUACGCCUGCGCCGUUGUGGAAGCCUCAGGGAGAUUAUGAUAAGCAUUAUUGGGGGACUUUUUAG